CGCCAUUAAACUAAAGCAAAACAAAAUGCGUGGACUUUGUUGGGAUGUUGAUUCAGCGUGUGAUAUUUUCGAAAAAUAAUAUUGAUAGGCUGACCGCGAAGGGACGGAGGUGACUUUCUAAUCAUGUGUUUGGAACUUCGCGUAGUAUGAUAUUGAACUUUGCCCCAUCGCUUUCGGGCUUAUGAGUCCAUAUACUCAAGUGUGAUGGACCGAGACAGGCAAAGAAACAGAAGAAGGGCACGGGCCCAAAAGCUGAAGGAAGUUGGAGUGAAAGAUGUUGAUAAUGGAAAUGAGACGGGGGAUGAUAUAUUGGAACCAAGACCAGCAAGGCCUCCCAACAGGAAGCGAAAGUUAAAAGAACCUCUCUUCGAAGAAGAUAUUAUUGAUGGUUUUGCUAUUUAUUCAUUCAAAGCAUAUAGUGACAUUGAGAGAGCUGUGAAGUUGGCUGAGAAGAAGGGGUUCAAGACCUUAGAUCCCUUACUCUCAACUCAAGAGAAUUCAGUCAGUGCAAAGAAAAGAAAGCACCAUGAUGAUCACACUCAGGAUCCUGGUGCUAGUUCUGGAGAUGGGUAUUUUUGUGAUCAUAGUGCAAGUGAUGAUGGCAAGAUCUCAGAUGCUGGUUCAGAGAUCUUCCACUCAGUCAGCAAGCGAGAGCCACCGGGACCGGUGGCGGCGACUGCAGCCUCCGUGAUGACCAAUGGCUCCGCCGGACCGUCUCCGAUCACGAUCAAGGAUGAACCCGCCGGUGAAGGCCCUCCGACCCCAGCCCAGCCGCACACCAGCCGACAGGAUACCGGUACCGGUGCGGGCGGCUCCAAGUUGGUGUCCCGCGGGUUCCUGCCGCAUCCGGGCCUGAUUGACCAGCCGGGUCACCACGCCGGUCCCGCCGGCCGGCCCGAGCAGCCGCCGGCGCUGGCCACAGCGGCCAGCCAGCCGGGCCAGACGCCGGCGACCGGGGGCCACUCGAGCCGACACCCGGCCGCCGGCGGCCCGCCGCGCCACCAGCAGGCGGCCAGGAGCCAGCCGGACCCGGCGGCGGCCGGGUCGGGCCGGCCGGGCCGCGACAUGAGACCGGCGUCCGCCGAGGCCAGCCGGGCCGGCGAGGGUAGCGCCCAGCAGUCGAUGGCCGCACACCGGGACGGCUCGUCCCGGCCGGCAGGCCGCCCCUCCGCCAGCCGACCCCCGAGCUCGCUCGGCCACCCCGCUCUCUCCAUGUACCCAGGUCUGACCAGCCACCCGGCCCUAGUAAGCCAUCCCAGUCUGAUGAGCCACCCCGGCCUUACCAGUCACCCAGGCCUCGUGGGAUACCCAGGCCUGACGGGCCACCCUGGACUAGCUGGCCAUAUGGGCUUAUCUGCUCACAUACCUAUAUCAAGCCAUAGUGGCUCCUACUUGCAUCCAAAUGACUCCCAUCCCUUGUCUGGUAGACACCCCAGCUCAAGUUCUGCUGUCCCCAGCCACUCGAGCUCCUACUCAGCAAUGGCCAAGCAUCCGUCUUUGCAGACGAGCAAGUACCCUGGUACAACUGUCAGUCAGUAUCUUACCUCAGCAAGUAGCUUGUCAGGCUCCAGACCGGGACUGAGCUACUCGAGUCCCGUCUCCAGUGCAGCAGGCUUUCCCAGCCCAUAUCCUGACUUAUUAGGCAGUCACCCUGGCCCGGUGUUUGGCCUGCCCGGCUUCUCGGGCGGCCAUCCGGCGCUGGCCGGUCUUCCCGGCGCUCAUAUGGCCCCUACCAGUCGGCUGAGUCCGUACCCGUCGGCGACGAGCAGCUCCAGCCCGCUGUCUGCCCUGUCGGGUCUGGCGGGCCACCACCCCGGCCCGUACCCGGGCAGGACCAGCGAGCCGGCGGCCCACCCGGGCAGACAGUCGGCGCAGAGCGGCCGCCCCAGUCCGCACCCCAGUCCGCGCCCCGGCUCCCGGCCCAGUCCCCACCCCAGUCCCCGGCCGGGCCAGCAGCCCGGGCCGCGGCCGCCCCCUGCGAACCACACCAGUCCGCGGCCGCCGUCGGCCGGCCACCCCAGCCACCUGGGACAGCCCAUACGGCUCCCGCACCCGUCAACCGUCGACUAUUCGGCGCACCCUGCCUACAAGGGCCAUCCGGGCCACCAUCCGGCCCAUCCGCCCCCGCCGGAUCAUCUCCGGUAUCCGGGCCAUCCCAUCCAUUCCAGCGGUGGGGGCCAGGUCAGCCAGCCGAGUCAGACCCCGGUGGAGGGCGCGCGGCCGACCGUCUCGAGCGGCCAGCCGGCGCCGCCGCCACCUCCGGCCGCCCCGCCGCGACUCAAGUUCGGCAUCUCGGACCUGGUGGCCACACCGUCACCGCCGGCCACCAGUCUGGCGAACGGCGGCGGCUCGCCGGCGCCGCCCCCUGCCGGAUCCAGACGACAGGCGGUCAGUUACAGCCCGGCGUCUCUGUCGGCUCGUCACAGCCCGGCGGCGCGACUCAGUCAGUCUCCGGCUUCGGUGUCGAGUCGGGCCAGCCCGCUGCCCGACCGGCUCCAGUCCCUCAGCUCGGCGGCGCCGUCUGCCAGGCCCGGGCCGCACUCCGGGCUCGGCGUCAGCCCCCUGCCGGCCGCCCACGGCCGAGGGCCGCCGCCCCCGCCCGUCGGACUCGGACCCGAGUCGGCACCGCCAGCCAACAGUGCCGAGCUGCUGCGGCGAGAGCUCAACAGCCGCUUCCUAGCGUCGCAGGAGCGCGGCGGCCUGGCCGUCGGUCCGCCGGAGCUGCACCAGCACCAGCAUCACCAGCCGGGCACCAGCAGUGCGUCCGACAUGCGUGUCACGGCGCCCGUGCCACCACUGGUGAAGGCGACGCCCAAAAUGGGCGGCGCGCACUCGCCUCUGUUCCGGAACGGCCUGCCACCGGGACUGACUCCGCUGACUCCGCGCUCGGCGGCUCCCGGCCUGACUCCGAGUCUGACUCCGGGCCUGCCGCCCAGCCUGACGCCCGGUCUGGCGCCCAGCCUGACUCCGAGUCUCACUCCGGGCCUGACUCCGGGCCUGGCGCCCGGACUCCUGCCGCCCGGUCUGAACCCGAGCCUGGCGCCCGGCCUGGCGCACGGCCUGACGGCGGGACUGAACCCCGGACUGACGCCGGGCCUCGCCUCGGGUCUAACCCCGGCGUCGGUGGCGGCCUCGGUCAGCGCGGGCUCGCUGCUGCCCGGCGUGGGACUCCAGCCGGCCGGGCCGAAGAAAACGGGUCGCUGGAACGCUAUGCACGUGCGUAUUGCCUGGGAGAUCUACAAAAACAAGCGGAAGGCGGCGUCGGGCAGCGGCGGCGGCCUGGACCCGGCGCGCGGCGCGUCGGCCGGUCCUCCGCUGCUCAUGGCGUCCGCGCCGCAGCCGUCUCGCGCAGCGGGUGCCGGCCCGCUGGAUGUGCUCGGCGCCCACCAGCUGCACUCGCAGCCUGCCUCGUCGCGGCACCUGGCGCUAGCUCGGCCCAGCCUGCAGCCGCCGCCGCGCGGGGCUCCGGUUGGCUCCAGCGCCACGGAGCCGCUGCAGGCCUCCCUGCCGGAGUUUUCGGCCUACCGCGGCCUGGCCGGGCCCGGUCCCUCUCCGCUGAGGAGCGUCGCCGACCCCGGCCUCAGCGCGCUGGACCCGUGGGCCAGGUUCAGUCGGCCCCCUGCGCCGGUGAUCUCUGUCGGCUCGCUGAAGCCGGAGCUGGGGCCGCCGGCGUUCGGCGGCGGCAGCAGCAGCGCCUACAGUCCGUCCGCCGAGCGGGACCGGGAGCGGCGCGCGGCCGAGCGGCGCGCCUCCGCCGCCACGCCGCCGCGCCGACACCACUCGCGCUCGCCGGUGCGCGGCAAGCCGGCCGAGCCGUCCCAGUCGCCGGCCGGCCGCCGGGAGACGGACGAGCGGGACCGGCCGGCCGGCCUGGAGCUGAAGGCGCCCGGCCGACACCAGCUGAAUGGACACGCGCCGCGGCCCGACCCGCUGUCGCAGCUGUACGGCGCGGCGGCGGCGGCGGCCGCGCCCCGCCCGCUGCUGCCGUACGGACUGGAUCCGGCGGCCGGGCCGCGGCUCGACCCGUACGCGGCGCUGUCGGCCGGCAGCGACCCGCUGCGCAGUCUGGAGCGGGACCGGCAGCUGAUGCAGCUGAACGGGCUGGCGCCGCUGCUCUACCGCGAGCCGCCGGCCGCCGAGCUGGCGCGCCACCAGCAGCUAGAGCGGCUGGCGCUCGAGCGCGACCGGCAGCUGCUCGACCACAAGCUGCAGCUGGCGGGCAUGUACGGCGCGCCGGUGGCCGGCUACCCGCGGCCGCCGGCGCCGCCCCCGCCGCCCAUGUCGGCGCCGCCACCCGGUGGACUCCAGCUGGUCGGCGGCUUCGGAAAGCCGGGCUUCGGAGCGUCGCCGUUCGGCGGCCCGGGCGCGGUGGCGCGGCCGCCGGGCCCGCUGCGGCGCGCCGACCUGCCCGGCGCCGCCGGCCCUCCGCCGCCCGGGACGCUGUACCCGCCGCGUGACCGCGACCCUGUGCGGUAACACCGGCCGCCGCCACUGCCCGCUUCCUCCACUGUUGUGCCUGCGGUGGCUCGGCCUGUGAUCGCCUUCAUUUUAGAUGCUAUUUAUACGAUUGUUGACGGUGAAUUUCCGCCAUGCUAGUUGUUAUAUUGCAUGCUCAUUUGACGAUUUUGUUUUAUUGUUUUGUUUUGUCGGUGAUAGCUGAUGAUGUCCACCUGAUGAGAGCAAUGUUUCUGUGCCGUUACUUUACCGGUGUCUGUGAUCUCAGUCUUAUUUUCUGAGCCGUGCCAGGCCUUGUGCGCGCACCUUUUGUAGAUGAGAUCGCGACCAAGUCGGAUCGGCGGCCGGCGGCGCCCCUUGGCUCCCGCCGGUCUCUCAUCGACGAGCCUGUCGGAGGCAGUCAUACACCUGUCUGUGGUAUUUUUUUACCAUGCCAUCGCGCUGAAUUACUAUUGCCGUGUCUCACCAUAGUGCAGCAACGUUUGUAUAUAUGUGGUUUUCAAUAGAAUAAUGAAUCAUU